AUGGCUUCCCCGAAGCUCGCGACGCUGGCGCUGGCCGUGCUCCUGGCGGCGACCGUGGUGGCUCCGCCCGCCGCGGUGCGCGCCGCGAUGUCGUGCUCCACGGUGUACAGCACGCUGAUGCCGUGCCUGCCGUUCGUCCAGAUGGGCGGGGCGAUGCCGCCCCAGCCGUGCUGCGGCGGGAUCCGCAGCCUGCUGGCGCAGGCCGACAACACCCCCGACCGCCGCACCAUCUGCGGCUGCCUCAAGAACGUCGCCAACGGCGCCAACGGCAGCGGCACCUACAUCAGCCGCGCCGCCGCGCUGCCCAGCAAGUGCGGCGUCUCCCUGCCCUACAAGAUCAGCACCAACGUCAACUGCAACACGAUUAACUGA